CAUUCACACCUAGUUACUCGCCAUUCACUCCAUUUCACUCGCCAUUCACUUCGCCCUGCACCCCGCCGCCCACAGCCACCGCAGUCUCUGCCGCCACUGCAGCCACGCAGCCCCCGCAUCAGCCCUCGCAGCUCCCCGUAACCCCCACAGCCUCGCAGCCCCUCAGCGGUGCAGCCACCGCAGCCCCUACACAGACACAGCCUCCACCGCCACCGUAGAAGAUUCGUUGCCGUCGGAUUCCGAGCUUCUUUUCGUUCCAGAUCAGCACUUUCUUUAUCAGAUUCCCUUCGCGCAGCUGAACCUUCGAGAACCUUCCAGUCCCUUUCUACAACACCGUCAACCACUACCCCUAUGCCUACUUCCUCUACACCCCUUCCCUCAUCCUUCCCUCCGUCGCAUCCCGCCUCCUCCGCCAACCCUGGGGAUCCGCUGCUCCUCCCGCCUCCGCGCCGAGUCGGAUCCCCGCGGAAUCGGUGAGUUUGGUCGACGAGUUAGGUCAAAGUGUGUUGUCUGGUUGUGACUGCGAGGCUUGUGGCGGUGUGGGUUCCGACUGCCCUUGUUUGGGCUUGGGUGUGCUAGAUGACGUGGGCAGUGAGUGCGGGCCGGGAUGUGGGUGCGGACCAGAGUGCGGAAACCGGUUGAUUCAGAAUGGGGUUGCUGUUCGGGUGAAGAUUGUGAGGGAUGCAAGGAAAGGGUGGUGUUUGCAUUCUGACCAGUGGAUUCGGAAAAAGGAGUUCUUGUUUGAGUAUGCAGUUUUGGUUUCUAGACAGUUUGUGGAUAUGACUCGCAUGAGAAUUGAAGGUCUUCUAGCAGCAUUUCCCAAGUUGAUAGGAACUGGAAAACAGCACACGUAUGUUGAGACUGAGAAUGUGCGUUAUGUUUAUCAGCCAAUGGAGGCACUGUACCUGCUUCUUAUAACAAACAAGCAGAGCAACAUACUGGAAGAUUUGGAUACUCUAAGAAUUUUGUCGAAACUUGUACCUGAAUAUUCUUACUACUUUGAAGAAAGUAUUUGCAAAUGUGCAUUUGACCUAAUUUUAAUCUCUCUUGGACACAAGGAAAAUGUGACUGUUGCACAAGUUAAGCAAUAUUGUGAGAUGGAGAGUCAUGAAGAGAAGCUGCACAGACAGAUGAGGGAGGACAAGAUUAGAGAAGCAAAGGAUGAAAUGAAAAGGAAAGCUAAUGAGAUUGAUAAAAACAAGAUUAUAAAGAACAAAGGUGAUAAUUAUAAAGGAGGUUUUGGCCCAUUACAGUCAAUGGGCUCGGAAAUAUUUGAGAAUAGCUUUAAUGAUACAAGCAUCUCCAGCAGUGGAACUGGUUCCAGAUUGAGUUUUGAUGUUGAUUCCUUUUCUACCAAGUCUAAAGGUAAGCUUUCAUAGUUUUCCUGAAUGCUUCUAGAAUGCUUCAAAAUAUAUUU